UUAAAGAAAACAUUGUUUUGAAAACAAUUUCAUUUCGUGCAGUAGAAAAAUUUCUACUGUAAUUCUAUUUUCGUUUAAGAGGGCAUGUUAAUCUACUUAUGCCUCGAAAGUCGAGUGAGGCUUCUGUAAUUUAAUUACGUAUAACAGUAUCAACAAACGUUCGAUAGCUAUGACGAAUUCAUUUAGUUUGUUCUGAACCAUUGGAACUACCACUACUUUUAAAACCUAUCUUCUUCUUUCGAGUAUCAUUCUACCACAAUUUUCUUAUAACUUUCAGGUUUUUUUAAGUUCUUUAGUAAUUUGCACUUAAGAUCUGCGCGCUAAAUCUUAAAAAAAAAAAAAAACCCAAGAAAGAAACCUAUUUCCAAGAGACAUUUACGUACACAUGGAAGAUUCGAGUGAGAAACAAGAAGAGAGAGUGGAAAUGGAAGAUAAUUGUACAUUGGAAUCACGGAACGAGAAUGGACUAUCCGUAGAAAAGAGCGUGAUCGAUACAGAGUCUUCGAAUCGAAUUAAGGAGCAACCAGAGGUUGAUCAAAAUGAGAAAAAUGUUGCAGAUCCGCAGAUCAUUGACGAAAAUUUAAACUCGUCCAAAUCGAAAGAGACUGGGACGAAAGCAAAGCGUAAAAUAAGAUCGACGCGUAGAAGAUUGAACGCUAUGAUUAAUAACUCGUCGUUACAUUUCUCUGACACCGAUUCAGAGGGAGAGUUAACUACGAUUAAUUCGCAAAUCAAACCUUUGAAUAACAUGGAACAAAACCCGAUUAUUUCCGUGACAUUCGAUGUCAUAGAAAGUGAAAGCUCGAAUUAUUUAUCACUGGAUGAUAAAGAUUUCGUUAAGCGUAAUAGUUUCGUUGAGAAUAUGACAGACGUGGACGAAAUUUAUCCAAGCGAGCUAGAGAACGAAGAGAAUGAGAAUCAAGAUAAUCUUAAGAUUGUCAAUACUCCUUUCCAAACAGAAACUGAUCUUGAGGACCUCGAAGGCGAAGACGAAAUGCAAUCACCUAUCUAUGUGAAACCAAGGUCUGAUAUAUUUAGCGAUUAUAGCGGGGAAACGAUCACGACUAAGGAAGGUGAAGGACCAUUCUCCGUGGAAGUGCGAAAUAAAAUAUAUGAAGAUAGUCCACAGAAUGAGAUUUGUAGCGCCACGCCAGACAUUGUGAUUAUGUCGAAUACUGAUGAAGAAGACAUGGUUGUAUCCGAGGACGAGGAGGAGCAAGAAGCUUGUUGCAGUCAAAAAGAAUUAUUCGAAGAUUUAGACGUUCUUGUUGCGUCUCAAGUUAUUAUGAAAAAUAUCAAUAAAAUGGAGAACAUGUUAACUGUAAAAGAAAUCAGUGAUGACGGAAUUAGCGAUUGUCAUACCGAUGUAGAAGAAGUCGAUACGAUUGAAUAAAUUAUAAAUUGAAAAUCAUGUGGACGGUAAGAACACGAAUUUAAAGAGUCCGCUUUUUAACAGAUUAUUUCAUGUUAUUCAAAUAUUGUAAGAAUUUGAUCUCUGAUUAGAUCUAAUUUAUUCUAAUUAAGUACUGAAGACGAUGCAAAUGCAUCGAAUAUUAUCUUGUAUGUUAAUCGAUAUUUAUUAUAAUAUACAUAUGUUAUUCAAUUAUAGAGGAUAUGAAAUGAAUUUCAUACGACUCGAUGUAUUAUGUUGUUAUACAUAAUAUCUAUGAAGAGAACAUUCUAUGAAUACCGAAGAAUUGCCUAUUUUAUAUUCGAUAUCAAACUGAGAAUAUUGAUGAUUU